AUGAAAGUGCAUCUCAAAAAGUACACGGCCGUAGCAACCUGGUCCUGGGACGUGGGCGAGAUCGGCGACGAAGAAACCUGUGGGAUCUGCUACAACCCUUUCGACGGGUGUUGUCCCGAUUGCAAGAUCCCUGGGGAUGACUGUCCUUUAGGUAAGUGU